GUUAGUCAGUUGUCAAAUUUUCCGGCGUCUGAGUUGCAGUUUUUUUGUUUAUACCGCAGAAAAUUGUGAAAUUUGCGAGAUUUUCCUAUAAGAAUCAGUGAAAAGUGUCCCUAGGGAUGAGUUCAGGAGGCAUGCUAUAUGGUGGGGAUGAGAUUGGGGCUCUGGUCUUCGAUCCAGGACAUCAAUCGCUAAGAGUGGGAUAUGCACAGGAAGACACACCAAAAAGUGAAAUUCCGGCUGUUGUGGGCGUCGGUCCGGACAAUACCACUCCAAUAACAGAUCUGGAAGUCAGACCAGACAACAAUAUCACACCCAGCAAGAACUUCAAGUACUACGUGGAUACAACUUUCCUGAAUGUCCCAAGAACUGGCCUGGAAGUGCAAACAUACAUGAAGGAUGGGAUGAUUGACAACUGGGAUUUAUUCGAAAAAGUCCUGGACUAUGUGUAUGCAAAGGUUAUUCAGUCAGAAUCUGAGUAUCAUCCUGUCCUGUUCUCUGAGGCUUCCUGGAAUGUGAGGAACAACAGGGAGAAACUCACAGAAUUGAUGUUUGAGAAAUACAACGUACCAGCAUUUUUCCUGGUUAAAAACGCAGUUCUGGCGGCAUUUGCUAAUGGGAGAGCAACAGCUUUGGUUGUUGACAGCGGAGCCACGCAUACUUCAGCAAUUCCUGUCCAUGAAGGUUAUGUCCUGACUCAGGCUAUAAUCAAGUCUCCUCUUGGCGGAGACUAUCUGUCCAUGCAAUGUCGUCAGUAUCUUGAGGCUCAGGGGAUCGAUUUGACCCCGGCCUAUUGUAUUCAGAGUAAGGAUGUCAUCAAAGAGAGAGAUACUCCGAGAUUCGUGAUGAAGAAUCUCCCAGACAAGAUCACAGCCUCGUGGCAGCAGUAUAUGCUGAGAUCACUGCUGCAGGACUACCAGAUGUCAGUGGUUCAGGUGUUGGAGUCACCGUAUGACGAAAGAACUGCAGCCCAAAUUCCAGCUGUUCACUAUGAAUUCCCCACGGGAUUUCAUCAGGAUUUUGGUUCUGAGCGCUUCAAAUUGGCUGAGAGUCUCUUUGAUCACACAAUGUUGGGCGCUGGUCAGUUGGCGUCCACGAGUGUUGGAAUGUGCGAUGCUGAUGUGAGAUUGUCACUCUAUGGAUCAGUCGUUGUGACUGGAGGGAAUUCCCUGCUUCAGGGCUUUCCAGAGCGUCUCAAUCGCGAUUUACAGCUCAGGGCACCAUCGAAUACCAGGCUCAAGAUGAUUUCUGCCAAUGGAAGUAUCGAAAGGCGCUUUGGAGCUUGGAUUGGAGGAUCAAUUCUUGCUAGCAUUGGAACAUUCCAGCAAAUGUGGAUCUCUUCGCAGGAAUAUGAGGAGUCUGGAAAGAGUCAAGUGGAGCGGAAAUGUCCCUAAAUAAUGCAACUCUCUUCCCGGAUAGAUUAAGAUUAAUGGAUUUUUUUUCUGAUGGAAUUUUGUGAAAUUGUGCAGAUUGAAGAAAUUUUUAAGACUCUCCAAGUAGAUGAUCA